AAGUUGCUCGCUCUGCACGCUGCUUCACCCCUGAGGAUGUCAGUGGAAGAGCCAAAGCCCCAGACACAGGCACGGACAUGGGCGCAGGCCUGGGUGUGAGCUUUCCAAGGCAGUCCUUCUGCUCCACAGAUGGAUUCAUGGAGGCUGUGGCACAGACCUGCUGUCUGUGCCAACGGGACCUACGGGAUGAGGGCUCUCGGCUUCUACCGUGCCAACAUUUGCUCUGUAAGGACUGCUUCCAGAGUUUCAUGCGGGAGUUAGGCCCUGUUACCAGGGCCUACGGGACAGUCCCAGAUGAGCUCAUCUCCUGUCCUGCAUGUCAGCGAGUGUAUCUUACCAGAGAUGUAACUGAACAUAUUUUUCUUCAGUGCUUUCCUUCUGGGCAACCCACAAUGGCCAGGAACUGCUCUGAGUGCAAGGAGAAGAGGGCAGCACAUAUUCUCUGCACCUACUGCAAUCGCUGGCUGUGCAGCUCUUGCACAGAGGAACACCGGCACGUCCCAGCCCCGGGGGGGCCACUCUUUGCACGGGCACAGAAGGGAUCCUCAGGGGUGAAUGUUGGCUCUGGGGACUUCGCCUUGUACUGCCCUCUGCACACACAGGAAGUGCUCAAGCUUUUCUGCGAGACUUGUGAUGUGCUCACAUGCCACAGCUGCCUAAUGGUGGAACACAAAGAGCACAGGUGCAGACAUGUUGAAGAAGUUCUACAAAACCAAAGGAUGCUUCUAGAGAGCGUGACCACGCAGGUGGCACAUAAGAAGUCCAGCCUGCAGACAUCUGCGAAGCAAAUCGAGGACAGGAUUUUUGAAGUAAAACAUCAGCAUAGGAAGGUGGAAAACCAGAUCAAAAUGGCCAAGAUGGUCCUCAUGAAUGAGCUGAACAAACAGGCCAAUGGACUCAUAGAGGAACUUGAGGGCAUUACUAAUGAGAGAAAGCGGAAGCUGGAGCAGCAGUUACAGAGCAUCAUGGUUCUCAACCGUCAGUUUGAGCAUGUGCAGAACUUCAUCAACUGGGCUGUCUGCAGCAAAACCAGCGUCCCUUUCCUUUUCAGCAAAGAACUGAUUGUGUUCCAGAUGCAGCGGCUGCUGGAGACGAGUUGUAACACCGAUCCUGGCUCUCCUUGGAGUAUCAGAUUCACCUGGGAGCCCAACUUCUGGACUAAGCAGCUGGCUUCCCUUGGCUGCAUAACCACUGAGGGUGGACAGCUAUCCCGGGCAGAUGCUGCGGCUGCUUAUGGGAACUUACAGGGGGCAUCCUCCUUUUAUCAGAGCCACCAGGCCCCCAUGGCCCAGCAGGAGUCUCUCAGCCACCCCUCACACAAGUUCCAGCCUCCAGCACUGUGCUCCUCGACUGUCUGCUGUUCCCACUGCUCCCCAGUCUCACCUUCCCUCAAAGGCCAGGUCGCCCCACCCAGUAUGCACCCAGCUCACAGUUUCCGGCAGCCCUCUGAAAUGGUGUCCCACCAGCUGGGGUCCCUGCAGUGUUCUACCCUACUGCCCAGGGAGAAAGAGCUAGCCUGCAGUCCUCAUCCACCAAAGCUGCUGCAGCCCUGGCUAGAACCACCACCACCUCCCGCAGAACAGGAGAGUACAUCCCAGCGGCCAGGACAGCAGCUGGUUUCCCAGCCUGUAUGCAUAGUCCCUCCACAAGACGUUCAGUCGGGAGCUCAUGCCCAGCCCACCAUACAGACACCCUCCAUCCAAGUUCAGCUGGGCCACCACCAGAAGCUGAAGCUCAGCCACUUUCAGCAGCAGCCACAGCAGCAGCCACCACCCCCUCCUCCACCCCCUCCACCCACCCAGCAUGCACCCCCACCCUUGCCUCCAUCUCAGCACCUAGCUUCCAGUCAGCAUGAGAGCCCUCCUGGGCCUGCCUGUUCACAGAACGUGGACAUUAUGCACCACAAGUUUGAGCUGGAGGAGAUGCAGAAGGACUUGGAACUUCUCCUGCAGGCUCAGCAGCCCAGCCUGCAGCUGAGUCAGACCAAGUCUCCUCAGCAUCUUCAGCAAACCAUCGUGGGGCAGAUCAACUACAUCGUGAGGCAGCCAGCACCUGUCCAGACCCAGAGCCAGGAGGAUACCCUGCAGGUUACAGAGGAGCCACCAGCAUCUGAGGGCCCAAAGCCAGCUCUACCUCUUGACAAGAAUUCUGCUGCUGCCUUGCCCCAGACAUCUGGGGAAGAAACUCCUCACAGUGUCCCCCCAGUGGACAGCACCUCCCAGCACUCCUCUCCAAAUGUGGUGAGAAAGCACUCCACCUCAGUGAGCAUCAUGGGCUUUUCCAACACUCUGGAGAUGGAGUUGUCAUCUACCAGGCUGGCGAGGACCAUAGAGCCACAGAUGCACAGAAUGAGCAGCCUGACAGCUGGUCCCACCCACACAAUUCCAAGCCUGCUGAGUGGCCCACCACAAACUGUGUCCAACCUGAUGAGUGUUUCAAGCCAUGCCGUGCCCAGCUCAGCCAGUCACCUGCAGCCUGUGCCAAACCUUGUGCGUGGCACAUUCCAGUCUAUGCCCAACCUUAGGGGUGAUUGCUCCCAGGCCAUUACCAGCCUGGCAAGCAACCACUCACAGGCUGGGUCCAGCCUAGUGUCUGGGCACACCCAGGCUGUGCCAAGUCUGGCCACUUGCCCUCUGCAGGGUAUGCCUUCAGUUUCUGACAUACAUUUGGAGACUAGAUCUACUUCCAGUCCUGGCUCUGGCCAAAUUGCAGAGAGCCUGGGCCCCAAGGAUGGGUCUGAAUCCUCCCUGGGGAAUGCCCUGUGUAAGAUGGAAAGUGAGGAGUGCACUCGCUUCACAGACUCAGUGGGACAAGGCUCCACAGCCUCCAGUCUGGAUGUUCCCAAAGAUUUGGCUAUUCCCUCAGAACUGGAGGAACCAAUUAACCUCUCUGUGAAAAGACCUUCUCUAGCACCGAUGACCAACACAUCUAUUGCUCUACAACAGUACAAGCACCCAAAAGAAUAUGAGCAUUUUGAACAAGAAGCCUUAGAGCUGGAUACAAAGGAGAAUUCAAGCAUCAGAGCCCUCAGUAGUGAGCCCAAGAUUCCCUAUGUGCGACUGGAGAGGCUCAAGAUCUGUGCUGCCUCAUCAGGAGAGAUGCCUGUGUUUAAGCUGAAGCCCCAGAAUAACAGCCAGGACGGGAGCUUCCUGCUGGUGAUCGAGUGUGGCACUGAGUCCUCUAGCAUGUCCAUUAAGGUCAGCCAGAACAGCCUGCCUGAUGCCACCCAAGGCCCAGGUCUGGGGGGAAGGAAGGUCACUGUCACCUCUCCGACUGGGCAGCGGCUGCCAGAGAUGGACAGUGCAUCUUCUGAAGAACACAGACUCAUUCCCCGAGCUCUGGGAGCCAAGAAGUGCACCCCAGCCCCCAUAGAGAACGAGGACUUCUGUGCUGUGUGCCUCAAUGGUGGGGAGCUGCUGUGCUGUGACCGCUGCCCCAAAGUGUAUCACCUUUCCUGCCAUGUGCCAGCCCUGCUCAGCUUCCCAGGGGGAGAGUGGGUGUGCACCCUGUGCCGCAGCCUGAUGCAGCCUGAGAUGGAGUACGAUUGUGAGAAUGCCCGCUACAAUCAGCCCGGAGUGCGGGCACCUCCCGGCCUGAGCAUGAAUGACCAGAAGAAGUGUGAGAAGCUGGUCCUGUCCCUGUGCUGCAACAGCCUCAGCCUGCCCUUCCACGAACCAGUCAGCCCCCUGGCCAGGCAUUAUUACCAGAUUAUCAAGAGGCCCAUGGACCUAUCGAUUAUCCGGAGGAAGCUGCAAAAGAAGGACCCAGCUCACUAUACUACUCCAGAGGAAGUGGUAUCAGACGUGCGCCUCAUGUUCUGGAACUGUGCUAAGUUCAAUUACCCUGACUCGGAGGUUGCAGAGGCUGGUCGCUGCCUGGAAGUAUUCUUUGAGGGCUGGCUAAAGGAGAUCUACCCAGACAAAAGCUUUGCCCAGCCCCAGCAAGAGGACUCAGACUCUGAGGACGUAUCUGGCGAGAGUGGCUGUCCCACCCCUCAGGGCUUCCCGUGGCCUCCCUACAUGCAGGAAGGCAUCCAGCCCAAGAGGCGGCGGCGACAUAUGGAGAAUGAAAAGACAAAGAGAAUGUCAUUCCGUCUGUCCACCAGCAUCUCGCAGGUGUGAGACCCAGAAGGAGACGGGGCACGCUGGCGGCUGAUGUCCCGCCCUCUCGGCCAUCCCCCCAUACUUCAGCUUGUUCUCUUCCGAGUGUGGCUGUGACAUGAGUCUCGUCCGCGGAUCGCACCUUCUCAUCGUUUACGUCUCUAGCGUUUAUUCGGAGCCAUAGUGCACCCACCAUAAAGAAGAUUUCAGUAAAACAGGGCAGACAGGGUGUUCCUCGCUGCUAGAGUAACCGACAUACAGGUUCCAUGCCAUGAGGCUCAGAAGGACCUGGCUUCCUUAUGAGCUCUUUCAGAUGGGGAGAGCAGACUUUGCUCACCUCUCAGCAGCCAGGGCUCAGGAGCACUGUGUGUGUCUUAGAAGUGGGUCCAAGGAAGAAAGCGAGGUUUGGAUACAUGACAGGCCUGUGGUCCCUGUCCCAGCACAGCCAAAGAUGGUCACUGUUUGCCUUUGCUCGUCCUGUUGGGACAGAGGCAUCUGCCACUGGCAGAAUAAUGGAGGCUUCUCGAGGCCCUAGGUCUCAAUUGGUGCCUAUUUGGGUUCUAACGGUUUUCAGGGUAUUUGCUGUUUACGCCCCCUUUCCUGAGUAGGACUUAGGCGGUCACUGUGAAAUGCUGUGUGUGGUUUGGCACUCUUGCCUGAGCUAGGUAGCAGUGUAAAGACCAGACUGCACUCACAUCCAGAAGAUGCCAGCUUCCUAACUCUGGGCUGAUAGCACUUCAGAACCUACCUUCUCGGAAGUGACUAUUAUGUGUGUCAAUGGCUCUUCCUUGAUCAUCUCUAUUCAGACAUCUGCAUCUUGAGUUUUACUUGGGAGAAGUGUGAGGUGGUGUCUGUUGCAGGUACAGAAUUCCCUGGCAAGAACAGCCCACAGGUUAAUGCAGUGUGCUGGGCCUCUUCUCCUGCCCAAGAUUCUAGUUCUCUACUUUUUCAUACAACCAAAGAUCAGAAUUGUGGCCAUGCUGCUUACAGCCCGGAAGCAGCCAACACGCUGUCACCCUUUUUGUUGGAGCUCGGAGAAGGCAGUGGUGACCCAUAGGAGUCUAAUCUGGGCUAAGGGCAGAGAAGGGGAAAAUUGAGAAGUGAGAAGCCAGUGUCCUUGAGUGACCCUGGUAACUCUAGGGUUGUAGUUCUUACAGAAUGCGGAAAGGCAUUCUGGAAGCCAUGGGAAUAGAGCUGUGUAAUAGAAAGCUGCAGGUCACAUUGUAGAUGGAUCUCCACAGUGUAGGCAGGGUGUUUGGGAGGAAGCCUCUGAGACAUAUACAGGGACAGGCUUCUUCCUAAGCAAAGGCUUGUUUGAGGAAAGACCUAUUGAGUAUAUUGCUGGUGGAGAUGGCAUCUCAGUGGCCUGUUCCUGAGGCAUGGCGUGGUUGAUUUCAGGGGACUCUCAGGCCAUGGCUUUGUUUUUUUGAAGAGGUGCAGUUUAAAGAAGUGAUUAUUCACAGGGCAUUUGCUGGGAAGCAAUUUUCUUUUUACCAGAAAACUUUUCUUCUCUCCCUGUGAGUCAGCAACAACACUCAGUCCCUUCUGCAUUGGACUGAAGGAGCUGCUUCACUUGGAAGCCCCGCCCACCACCUUGCAGUUCAGCAGCACUGCCAAGCUCUCUUUAGUACAUGUGUUUCCAUACCCUGCAGUCUAGUCCCAGGCAGCUGAAUCUUCAGUUCAUUUCUAGUCCAGGAACCUUUGAAAACAGGCUUUGCUCCUUAGGUUCACAAAGCUUUUUGCUUUUUUGGUUGUGGCCCUGGCUGUUUCUACUUUGAUUUUUGCAUCUUUUUCUCUGAUUGGUCUGGUGAGGGUCCUUCUGUUUGUACCUUCCUAAUUCUGCUUUGGGCAUCUUUCCUUUUGUGGCUCAUAGUCCAUACUUCAUGGUGUUUGGCCCUGGAAAGCCACUGAACACUAUGAUAGCCUGAAACCUGACACAGCCUUUCCUGGACCAGCUGGAGACUGUGCCUAUGAUGUGGAAACGCCUGGUUCAAAGCCUUGCUUCCCCUUUCUUGAUAUAGCAUGUAGCUAGAGUGUGUCCAGUUGGAACAAGGAUCAGCUUCUGGGCCCAGAGAUCUCGGAAAUGUGGUAGGCAGUCCUCUGUUCCCUUUCCACUAUAGAGCCCCUCUGUGCUGAGAGGCUCCCUCUGGGCAUGUGAGCAGGGCAGAGAGGAAAGAGGGAUGCCCUUUCCUUCAAGGAUGUAAGGCCCUGAGCCAUCAUUCCUUCCCUACACUCACUAGCUCAUGGAAUUUUUCCUGGAACCAAGUUUUUAAAGUCAUCUUAAUUUUUUUCUUUGCAUGCACAAACAAAACAAAACAAACAAAA